AUGAGCAAGGGCUUUGCCCCGGAGACCUCCCACUCCGGCAGCGGAAGCGGCGGCGCGGACCUCGAUGAUCUCUCGGAGGCCGACGUAUGGUCCGCCUGCCACGGUGACAACGGUGAAGGCCGCAACCAGGACCGGCGGACGAGCGGCGAUAGCUCCAGCCGCUCGGUCGACCAGGACGCCGGCGUGCUCUCCCUCGUCCUCAGGGAUGCGCACGUAGUCACGGCGACAGCCCAGACGUUGCCGAGCGAGCCGGAACGGGAACGGGAGGCGACGUCGCCCCCAGUGGCCGUGCCGGCUUCGAGCCUGUCAACGUCGAAGCGGGAGGAGGAUGAGCCGGCCGGGGAGUGGCUGCCGCCGCAUGUGUACCUGGAGCGCCUGCAUGCGAAUGCUGCGUCGCCUUCGGUGUUGGAGGGGCGGGGAAGGACGCUCAAGGGAAGAGACCUGACUAUGCUCCGUGACUCCGUCUGGAGACGGACCGGCUUCUUAGAUUACAUUGACGCGGAUGAAAAUAAAUAA